GGGUGAGUUGGUAGCUAGCAGUUCAAUUCUGGAAGGAAAACUGCUACGUUUGACGGCGACAUCACUAAUCAUAUUUACCUAACGAUUUAGAAUGAAGUUCAUUUUACAAUACUAACCAUAGGCAGUUUUUGAGAUGCAGACAAUAAAGUGUGUUGUGGUGGGGGACGGUGCUGUGGGAAAAACCUGCCUGCUGAUCUCCUACACGACUAACAAAUUCCCUUCUGAAUAUGUGCCCACGGUGUUUGAUAACUACGCGGUGACGGUGAUGAUUGGUGGAGAGCCCUACACGCUGGGGCUGUUUGACACUGCAGGCCAGGAAGACUACGACCGGCUCCGGCCGCUCAGCUACCCCCAGACGGACGUGUUCCUUGUCUGCUUCUCCGUGGUGUCCCCGUCCUCCUUCGAGAACGUCAGGGAGAAGUGGGUACCUGAGAUCACUCACCACUGCCCCAACACGCCCUUCCUGCUGGUGGGCACUCAAAUGGACCUGCGGGACGACAGCAACACGGUGGAGAAGCUAGCCAAGAACAAACAGCGUCCCCAGUCCCCUGAGAGUGGGGAUAAGCUGGCGAGGGACCUGCGCGCUGUCAAAUAUGUGGAGUGCUCUGCCCUUACACAGCGAGGGCUGAAGAACGUGUUCGACGAGGCCAUCCUGGCUGCACUGGAGCAGCCCGAAACCAAGCCCAAGAAGCGCUGCGCUCUGCUAUAGAGGGAGAGCAGGAGGGCGGGAGAAACCGGAGAGAAGACAGGAAGGCAAUGGAAGAGGAAUAGGGGAGCGGGGAAGGAAGGGUGGGUGUGACAGGAAAGGAAACGGACAGAGGGGCCGACUCGUUGACACAGUGCCUUCAGCCAAUCCCGAGGGGAGCAAGUGGGGGGAGAAUUUCUCACCCAAUCAAAACCCAGUUUUGUAAGGAGAGUCCAAGAAGAGAGGGAGUUAGUCAUUCUUUUUUUAUUUUUUAUUUUUUUAUUAUUUUUAUUUUUUCUCCCCGCAUGGACAAAGAUUGAAAUUGAAUUUUUUGUUAACCUUGCAGUUUCGAGCUCUGGAAGGCGGAAUGGUGAAUUAUGAUAUUUCGACGUAAAGAAUGAGCUGGCCAGAAUAUUGCUAACCGUUAAUCUCUGCAGACUGGAAACAAAAUGCAUACUUAUCUACUUUUCUCCACCUGCUGCCACCUUCUGGUUAAUAAUGGGAACUUCAAGUGUAUUUUUCUCUAGCAAUCUGCUGGCCACAGAGAACUGAAUUUAUAUUGUCUUUUUUUGGAGUAUGAUGUUAUUAAUAUUAUAAAUAUUUUGUUUUCCUCUAUUGGGGGAUUUUUAGCGGUUUUCAAUUUUAAGACUUGAGUUUUUUAUUGUUUUUAUUAUUUUCAGAUUUUUGUGCAAAACUUUCACUUAGGUUGCAGUUUAUUAAUGACAUAACAAUCAUAUUUCUAAUGUGUAAAUUACUGAUCUGAAUAAUUCCUCUGGGUGUAAUCAAGGAAUGUCUAAUAAAAAUGGUUCUAAUGGCC